AUGAUCCUAUUAAAUGAAACAGACCUCCACCACACAGUCGUGAGUUACAUCAGGGACAACGACCCAGAGGCUGUGGUAAUACCCGGUCUAGGUGAGUAUCAGGACACAUCAUCUAAGAGAUGUGAUGCCUGGAAGAAGGGAUACAAAGGUGGUCAGCCAGAUAUUAUUAUAGAGAAUCCUAUGGGGAAGUAUAAAGGAUUUGCCAUCGAAUUCAAGUCUCCCAAAGGCACCGGAGUCGGAGGCAAGUGUUAUGGUUCCACAAACUUAUGA